AUGGAGGAGAAGAACACUGUCGAGCUCUAUGAGACUGUCUCGACGUCUUCGGAUUCGGAGCAGGUACACCACUUUGAUGACAAGGCAACCUCUCGUCUGGUGCGAAAGAUCGAUAUGCGACUGCUACCCUUCCUGGCUUUGUUGUACCUGUUGAGUUUCCUCGACCGUACCAACAUCGGAAAUGCUCGUCUUGCAGGUCUCGAAAAGAGUCUUCAUAUGGAGCACCUGGACUACAACAUCGCUUUGGCCAUCUUCUUCCCCUUCUACGUCUUGGCUGAGAUUCCUUCCAACAUGAUGAUGAAGCGUACUCGCCCUGCACUUUGGAUCCCUUUCAUCAUGGUUCUCUGGGGUAUUACCACCACUCUUCUUGGUGUUGUACAGAACUACCAUGGUCUGCUCGCUGCUCGUGCUGCUCUCGGUCUCGCUGAGGGUGGUCUGUUCCCCGGUGUCACCUUCUACAUUACCAUGUGGUACCGCCGCCACGAGUGUGGUCUCCGCCUGGCUAUCUUCUUCUCUGCCGCCACUGCCGCCGGCGCCUUUGGUGGUCUGCUUGCUCGUGGUAUCGUUGAGAUGGAUGGAUUGGGCGGUCGUCCCGGUUGGGCUUGGAUCUUCAUCCUCGAGGGUCUUCUCACCUUCGUUGUUGCCAUUGUCGCCUUCUUUUACAUGAACGACUACCCUCAGACCGCAAAGUUCCUCACCGAGACCGAGAAGAAGGAGAUCUCUCGCCGUCUUGAAGAAGACCGUAGCGGUCUGGCUGAUGAGUACGGCGGCAAGUACUUCAUGCAUGCCGUCAGAGACUGGAAGAUUUGGGUUCACAUGUUCAUCACCUUCGGCAUUUACACCCCUCUCUACAGCUUCUCGCUCUUCUUGCCCACCAUCGUCAAGACUCUCGGCUACAGCAACGAGAAGGCUCAGCUUAUGAGUGUUCCUCCUUACAUCGUCGCCUGCUUCUGCUGUAUCACCGGUGGAUACUUCGCUGACAAGCUCCGUACUCGUGGUAUCUUCAUGAUCGGCUUCACCCUCACUGCCAUGCUCGGUGUCAUUCUCCAAGUCGUCAGCACCAACCCUCACGUCAAGUACGCCGGUGUCUUCCUCUUCGCCUGCGGUAUCUACCCCAACGUCCCCCAGGGUGUCGCCUGGAACGGUAACAACAUUGGUGGCUCCACCAAGCGUGGUGUCGGUAUUGCCAUGCACGUCGGCUUCGGUAAUCUCGGUGGUAUCCUCGCUUCUUUCGUCUACCUCAAGAAAGACUCGCCCAAGUUCCACAAAGGCCACCUCAUUCUCAUUGGUCUUCUGAGCAUGUCUCUUGUUCUUCAAUGCUUCAUGACCACCUACCUCCGCCGCGAGAACGCUCGUCGCGAUGCUGAGUACAAGCGUCCCGAGGACUACACUACUGAGGAGAAGCUUCUUGAGCGCGAGCGUGGUGACAAUGCCAGCUACUUCCGCUACACUGUUUAA